GGAAGAAGUCAAACCUGAAGAAGUGCAGGGAGGAAAUUACAGCUGCGUGUGUCCGGCUGGUUCAGGGGAUGUGCAGGGCGGCCGUAGCCAUGCGGGUGUCGAGGCAGGCGAUCUCGCGGAUGGAUGCCAUGCUGCGAGGGUAGGUUCCUGGGCGCCCGCUAUGUUGAUGACGGAUUCGACGCUGCGAGCGGCAACAAUCGGCGAUGGCGAUCGUGCAGGGAGGCGACGGUGUUGGUGGGCGGCAUCUGGUGCGGUGGUGACUCAAGGCAGACAAACGUCGAGGUCAAGGGCGAGGGAGCAGAUUUGAUUGAGUUUCCUUAGUUUGCGAUUUGAUUGCGUGAUUGUAGGGAAACACGGGAGGGAGCAGAUUUGGUUGUGUUUCCUUAGUUUGCGAUCUGAUUGCGUGAUUGCAGGGAAACAUGGGAUUGGUUGUUGGAAUACUCCUCUGGUGGUGGAGUACGGUCAGUCAUUAGAAAUUGCUAAGUACACACCAUCCCGCUAUUAGAUAAAUGAUGGCCGUUAGAUUGAAAUUUGUGGGACUAAUUGUGUGGUUCUGACUGGGUUGUGCGGUGUUGUGGGGGCUAAUAGUGGGGUGCGUGUAAGAAAGUUCUUGUUCGAUUGUUUAAUAGUAGUGAAGAAAGAAGUGGAGAUUGGAACAAAGCCUACGUGCGAUACUGCGAUGGAGCUUCCUUUUCAGGGGAUGCGGAAGGUCAAGCACAGGUGAUUUUUCUGGAUUCUGAUAUAUGUGAUGUCGUUGUUUCGGUUGUUUCAGGAGAUGUUGCACUUCAGAGGAUUGCGUAUCUAUCAAGCGGUUAUUGACGAACUAAUGGAAAAAGGACUCGCCAAUGCUACACAUGUUAUACUUGUUGGAACCGCAGCCCUCUCUCACACACUGCUAAAGGUAGAAGAAGACACAAGACACAAGAAAUUCCGGGCCGGCGCACAAACGCCGCCAUGGACGCACGAACGCCCCAAUCCUUUUCCUCUUUACAGUGGCUACAUGGCUACCCUCGGCUCCACACCGGCGCAACUCGAUCAAUACAUGGAGGAGGGGUUUUUAUACCCGUGCACACACACCACACGGCCGGCACACCCGGCAACUAACUCACGCACUAAGCUAACCACUACAUGCACGAUUCAUAUCCAUGCAUGACCACAUGACUCGCCGGGCUAGCCCAUGCAUGCACUAGCAUGACCCGGCCAACCAUCUAGCUAGCUUGCAACUAACUCCCUCCAGCCGCGUGCACGCCGCACCUGGCUCCAACAGAUCGCAACGGCUCCCCGCAUGCAGCUCCUCCACUUCACGAACGCAACCACGGGCUCACGCCGGGGGACACACAUGCUACGGACUCAACCUGGUCAUCUUCAUGCCAGUCGCCUUCGCCGUGUGCAUGGCUUAUUGCCAUCAAUACUUAAUUUGCUGGGCUAAUAUAAAUUGAGCAAGAGCCAUUAGUACAAAAGUUGCAUUCUGUGCUACAAAUGUUAGUUGUGAUUUGUGAACAAGAACCAUGUAAAAAUGAUUUUUUUUUCAUAUUUCUACGCAUUUCAGGCCAUCCUUACAGGUUGUUCUGCUGGUGGUCUAGCAAUGAUAGUGCAUUGCGACGAUUUUAGUGCACGAUUUUCUCACAAGGUUUCGGUUAAAUGCCUUGUCGAUGCUGGGUUUAUUCUUGACGUAAAGGAUAUAUCUGAACAAAGGUCCUUCCGAUCUCUCUAUGGUGGAGUCGUUCAUCUCCAGAAUGUUAGACAAGUGUUGCCCAAGGACUGCCUUACCAACAAAGAGCCAACUGAGUGUUUCUUCCCUGCGGAACUUAUUAAGAGCAUCCACACCCCCAUGUUUAUUGUCAACUCUGGGUAUGAUCCAGCGCAGAUACGAAAUGUGAUCGUACCAGCUUCGUCGGCUCCUGAUAAGUCGUGGUUGAGUUGCAAGGAUAAUAUCCGGAACUGCAAUUCCACACAAAUUGAUGUUCUUGAUGGACUAAGGACCACGAUGGCUGAUGCAUUAAAGGUUGUUAAAGAUAAAGAGGACUGGGGAUUUUUCAUCGACUCAUGCUUCACUCAUUGCCAAACGGUCCUUGAUGUCUCAUGGAAUUCACAUAAUUCCCCGAGGCUUGGAAAUAAAACCAUUGCAGAAGUUGUUGGAGAUUGGCACCGUGGAAGGACGCAAGGAGUGAAAGAGGUUGACUGCAAGUAUCCGUGCAACCCAACAUGCAAUAGUCAGUCACCUUUAUGAUUUGGUAUUACAUUGCAUUGGUUGAGGUUUACUAUGUAAUGUAAAGAGUGCAAGAAAGAAAGAGAAAAAACAGCAAUCAUCAAAGUGAAAAGUAAUGAUCAUAUGUAAUAAAACAAGUGUGGUCAGAUGAAUGAUGGUGGAUCGUGUGAAAAUGUCAACGGAGCAAAAAAAAAAUAUUGUA